GGGCCCCUUGAUCCAUAUAUAUCGAAAAUAAUUAGGUUGGGGCCCACAACCUGGACUGUGCCCCACCAUUGUCACUGAGUGGGUUGCUUCCUUCCCUUCUUGGUGACUUGUUCAUGCCCUUCAAUUCCAAAACAAAAUAGAGCACAAGCAUUAGGCUACACAAAUCUCUGCAUCUCUGAACUCGGCCCAUUUUGAUAAGCAGGAUGGAUUUCAUAGCUGAAAAAGUUAUUGGAGGGUUGAGCUCUCUCGCUGUGAAAGAGCUCGGAAUCAUAUGUAACCUCAGGGAUGAUAAACAAAAAAUUGAGAGCAUAGUCUCUUCAAUAACAGCAGUGCUCAAGGAUGCAGAGGCAAAGGCCAAUCAGCAUCAAGUUAGGACUUGGGUGGAGGAGCUCAAAGAUAUACUUUUUGAUGCAGACGACUUGUUAGAUGAUUUCUCUACUGAAGCUUUGAGAAGGAAAUUGAUGAGAGGAAGUAAGAUGAUGAGAAAGUUGAAAACUUUCUUCUCCAAACAGAAUCAAAUUGCCUAUGCUUUCAAAAUGGGCCAUAGAAUGAAAGAAAUCAGGAAGAGGCUCGACGAAGUUGCAAAUACUAGGCAGCAGCUUCAACUGCAUAAUUACCCUGUUGAGAAUCCAGAUGCAUAUAGGCAAAGGGAAACCUUCUCUUAUGUGAGGGAAGAUGAAAUCAUAGGGAGAAAGAAACAAAAGAAUCGUCUUAAAGGCUAUUUAUUUGAUGCCAAUGUAACAGAUAAUGUUUCUGUGAUUUCCGUAGUUGGGAUUGGAGGAUUAGGUAAGACUGCGCUUGCUCAGUUAGUGUACAAUGAUAAGGCUGUCCAACGAUAUUUUGAUCUCAAAAUGUGGGUAUGUAUCUCCCAUGAAUUUGACAUAUGUAAAAUAGCUCAAAAUAUUGUUAGGCAAGCCUGUCAAAAGGAAAACAAAAAUAAUGGUGGGCGAGCACAAAAUAUUCCUGGGCAAGCCGAAAAUAUUGUUGGGAUCGAGGAGGCGCAACAAAAACUAAGAGACAAAAUUCGAGGGAAGAAAUAUUUACUAGUGUUGGAUGACGUGUGGAGUGAAGAUCGUGAAUUGUGGAUUCAAUUGAAACGCUUAUUGAUGGAAGGAGGACAUGGUAGUAAGAUAAUUGUUACCACACGUACUAACACAGUGACAAACAUAAUGAGCGCAUAUCAAGAAGUUGAAUUGAAAGGUUUAGAUUUCGAAAGAUCUUGGAAGCUAUUCUGUCAAAUGGCAUUUGAUGAGGGAACAGAACCUCAUAAUUCAGAAUUGGUAGACAUUGGAAAGGUCAUUGUUAAAAAAUGUGGAGGAGUUCCCCUUGCCAUAAGAAGUGUUGGUAGCCUCUUGUUCUCUCGAAAGUUGGAGUAUAAUUAUUGGCUACAUAUCAGAGAUGUUGAGUUUCCAAAAAUUGAACAAAAGGAGGACAAAACCUUAGCAGUUCUUAAGUUGAGCUAUGAUUAUCUUCCCUCUUGUUUAAAACACUGUGUGGCAUAUUGUUCAUUGUUUCCAAAAGGUUAUCGGUUUGAAGAAUCUCAACUCAUUUGGUUGUGGAUGGCGGAGGGAUUUAUUCAACUCUCAGAUGACACUAGAUGUGAAGAAGAUGUUGGACAUGAGUACUUCAUGAAUUUGAUGUCAAAAUCUUUCUUUCAAGAUGUCAAAAGGGAUGUCUUCGGAGAAAUAUCGUGCAAAAUGCACGAUCUUAUGCAUGACUUAGCACAUUUGGUAGCUGGAAAUGAAUAUGCUGUUCUCAGAGAAGGAAAAGAAGCUGACAUAAAACAGAGAACCCGCCGUCUGUCAUGUCAUUUUCCCUCAAUUUUUGCUAGUAAUGUAUCAUCUUCUUUGACAAAAGGAGUUAAAAUAAGGACUCUUCUUUGCACUGAAUAUUACACUGAAAAUGAUUCAGGCUCGUCAGCUUUUGGUUAUGUUUUAAACCUGAAGUGCUUACGUACACUAAAGCUUUUUAAUUUGGACAUUGAAGAAAUUCCAGAAAGUAUCAAAGAGUUGAAGCAUCUGAGAUACCUUCAACUUUCAUAUUUUCCCUGGCUGCAGAAGCUCCCAUCGGAGAUUACUGGCUUACCCAACUUGCAAACUCUAUGGCUCGUUGGAUGCCCCAAGGUGAAGGAACUACCAUCAGAUGUCAAUAAACUGAUAAAUCUCCGGCACCUUUCGAUCCUUGAUUACCCAACUUGCCUAGAAUGUAUGCCGCAGGGUUUGAGGGAGUUAUCAAGUCUCCAUACUCUAAUGCCAUUUGCAAUGGGCCCUACCGACAGCGUUAGCAGGCUAAGAGCACUGAGUGGUCUAAUCAACCUCAGAAAACUAUAUAUCACAAGGUUGAAUUUUCUGCGCCAAUGUGCUCGAGAUGUUGACAAGGCAAAGGUACUUGUUGCGAAAGCACAUUUGCAAGAGUUGCGAUUAUGGUGGUCAGAAUUUUACCAAGGGAACGAAGAUGAAGAAGCUGUACAUAAUGAUGAGAUAAUUUUACAAGGCCUACAGCCGCAUCGCUCAAUCAAAAUCCUAGCAAUAACUGGAUUUUCCGGCACAAGUUUGCCAGACUGGAUUUGGGGUCUCUCAUCACUCGUCCGUCUUGAGCUGUGGAGUUGUGUGUUUCUGACUUCACCAUCUGAAGGAAUUCUGAACCUCAAAUCACUACAAAAUCUCGUAGUAAUCGGGUGCCCAAUCUUAAGCGACAGAUGGAGAAGAGAAGAGUUGAGGCUUGCUCACAUCCCCAAUGUUUUUAUGGACAGUUACAUACAACGAGGAUCAACAGCGCUCUCGCCUCCGCAAUGGCUUUGACAUUGAGGACGAGUGUACUCCGAUCUUGGAAGGGGUUGAUGAUGGGACCAAUUGAUGGCUCCACACAUGCAAAUGUGACGACCAAGUGAGAUGCAAUUCUGGUUUUUAAACCAAUAACUUUUCUGUUUCAAUCUUCUUGGAUCUUGAUAUUUAAACUAACGUAAACCUUCUAUGUCAAUGCGACUUUUCUGCACUCAUUAUCGGCACCAUGGGCUGGAUUGUUGAGCCCAUCGAAUCCUAAAGAAGAUGCGGGACAAAAUUAAGCCAGUAAUAUUUUAUUUUUGUUGUAUGUUUGAUGGCAGUCACUGUCUGAACUGCAAUGUUUUGAUGUUUUGGCCAGAGAUUUAGUUCUUGUUAUUUGUUAAAGAUUUGAAUAUCUGUAUUAGAAAUACUUGUGUAUUUUCAUUCAUAAUAUCUUUUUUUAAAUUUUUAUUUUUGUCUUUAUUUUUUUAUAUUUUUACAUGGUGAAAAAUUUGUGUAUUCUUGUUAGAAAUAUUUAGAUAGUGAUUUUAGAAAUAUGUGUGUAUCUUUAUUUAUUAUAUCUUUUUUUUUUCAGAUUCUGUUAAAAAUGUUUGUGUGGAUGUGUUAAAAAUGUUUUCAUAUUCAUAUAGGAAUGCUGGGGUAGUGGUGUUAGAAAUGUUUGUGUAUGGUUGUUAUUUAUUAUAUCUUCUUUUGCAUUUCCAUAUUGAUUUUUGAAUUUAUUUUAUUUUUUAUUUGUAUGUGUUGAAAUACCUGUGCAGUAUUGUUAGAAUUGUUUGGGUAUUUUUGUUGAAAAUAUUUAUGCAUUCAAAGAGAGAGAAU